AUGACACACAAGAAUCCUUCAUCUUCAUCUUCUUCAAUUCUUCCUUCUUCUUUCAAACUCUCCAAUGUUCCUGUCAUUAAUCAAUAUGAAAUUGGUCUUCCCACUGGAUGUGAAGCUACUUCUCUUGCACAAGCUCUUCAAUAUUUGGGUUUAAAUGUUUCACCCAUACAAAUUGCCACCAUGUUGAAAAAGGAACCCUUCAUGUUUCAAUUACCACUACCAACCUCAUCAUUGAAGAGUCGAGAUAAUGACCAUCCUACGAGUAUCACCAAUAAUAACACUAGUCGAUCAGAUGAUGGUGGUGUUGUCAUCACUGACAGUCAUCCUACGAGUAUCACCACCACCACCAUGAAUGAUGUUUGGUAUGGUGGAAAUCCGAAGAGAGCAUUUGUGGGAAAUCCAUUCAGUGCUGUGGAAGGUAUGGGAGUCUAUGAUGAACCACUGAUUGAACUUGUCGAUCACUUUUUCAUUCCCAUCCUUAAGAAACUUUAUUCGAUCCAUCCUUACAAUGGAAAUGUCAAUAACAAGGGUUCUAUUAAUGAUGGUCCUAAAAAAGUGGUCAAGGGUGUGAAACGAUUCCUCCCCCCAACUCUGGAAUGGAAUUCAAAGAACAAUGCUCUCGAGAAGAACCAUUUUCAAUCCAUUCUUGAAUACAUGUACAUUCAUCAAGUACCUGUGGUGAUAUGGUGUACCUUAAAGAUGAGAGAAUCUUUUCACAAUUCACAUGAAACAUGGAUGGAUUAUUUAAAUGAGGAACAUUGUAUUGAAUGGAAGAGUCCUGAACAUUGUGUAACAUUGAUUGGAUUUGAGAAUUACAAUAAUAGUAGUGAAAACAAGAGUGUUGAGAAGAAUGAGAAGAAUGAUUCUUCUUCUCUACCAUCUGUCGUUAUUGUCAAUGAUCCAGAUUAUGGAUGUGAAAUGAGAUAUGAUCGAAAAUUAUUUGAAAAAAGAUUUGAGGAAAUGGGAGGAAUGGCAUUUUCAUUUGAAUUUGAUGAAUGUCCUCUCGAUCAAAAAAAGGAAUCACUACUCUAA